AUGCUACUGCUCGGUGCCCAGCUGGUUCGCCGGCCUCUCCGCUGCAUCCGUGCGUUGGAGCGCCUGCCCUCACGCUCCCUCAUGAACCUCCAGGAGCUCGUUUCUGCCCUGAAUGACUUUGCGUCCCUCUCUCUGGCUGAAAGCUGGGACAAUGUGGGGUUGCUGGUGGAACCAAGUCCUCCCCACGCUGUGAACACCCUUUUCCUCACUAACGACCUCACUGAGGAGGUGAUGGAAGAGGCAGUGCAGAAGAAGGCAGACCUUAUUCUUUCUUACCAUCCUCCUAUAUUCACACCACUCAAGCGAGUAACGUGGAAGACCUGGAAGGAACGGCUGGUGGUGCGAGCCCUGGAGCACAGAAUCGGGAUUUACUCUCCGCAUACUGCAUACGAUGCCAUACCUCACGGGAUCAAUAACUGGCUAACAAAGGGACUCGGUGCCUGUACUUCCAUCCCGCUGCAUCCAUCAACUGCACCAAGCUCUCCAGCUGAGGGCAGUCACCGGGUAGAAUUCUGCACAAACAAUGAGCAUCUGGACACUGUCAUGUCCAAAAUCAAAGACAUCCAAGAGAUCUCCUGUGUCACCACUCUCCCUGCCAGGGUUGAAGGUGAGGAGCAAACACGAGUCAGUUUGAACUGCUCUCAGAAAGCACUGUUGGAGGUGGUGGCAUUAUUGUCCCAGAACAGCCUUCUUUAUCACAAGACCGAGAUUCUUUUAUUACAAAAGCCUCUUCUUCCCCAUACUGGAAUGGGACGUCUGUGCACACUGAGUGAGCCAGUCUCCUUGUCAGACAUAAUCGAGCAUAUCAAAAGCCACCUAAAAUUAACCAACAUCCGCCUAGCUGUGGGAAUGGGCAAGACACUAGAAUCGCCAGUGGAGAAAGCUGCUCUGUGUGCUGGUUCUGGGAGCAGUGUCCUGAAGGGAGUGGAAGCUGACCUCUAUCUCACAGGAGAGAUGUCCCAUCACGAUGUUCUGGAUGCAGUUGCCAACGGGAUAAGUGUUAUUCUGUGUGAGCACAGUAACACUGAGCGAGGCUUCUUGUCAGAGCUGCGUGACAUGCUAGCUAUCCACCUACAGAACAAAAUCAACAUCCUUGUGUCUGAGAAAGACAGAGAUCCCCUCCAGGUGGUAUAGGAAAAAAAAAAUGAGAAAAUGCAGUCAAGAGGUUUGUGGUAUCUUGCACAGACCUAACCAACUGCAAGCUUAAUGAAGAUGCUCUGAAUUGGUUCAGUACAGAAUGACUGUAUUAUACGUUCCCUCAAAGUCCAAGAUAUAUUUUGUCAUCUGUCAGAUAAAUAAAUGCUUGUUUUGG